AUGGCCAUGACCUUCUUCACCGCGACCAACACGCCCCUCUUCUCUUUCUCGUGGAUACCGGACACGACCGGCCAGUACGCGGGCACCUGCAUCUUCCUCAUCGUCUUGGCUGCAAUCUUUCGAGCUCUGCUCGCUAUGAGGAUACACUUCUACGACAUCUUUGCGUACGUCACGCAUCGCCCUCAGCCGAAAGGCUGUGCGGGACAGACUAUUCGACCGUGGAGGGCGAGUGAGGUCAUGACUGUUGGUCUCCUGGAUGUCAUUAUUGCUGGUGUUGGCUAUCUGCUGAUGAUUGCUGUCAUGACGAUGAAUGUUGGUUAUUUCUUGUCAGUGCUUGCCGGGGUUUUCGUGGGGAGUGUCUUGUUCGGGCGAUUUGUCGCUGGUUCUGCCUCGCAUUGA